CUGAGAGGAGCAACGAUAAUUCACGUUACCUUGUCUUUGCCAUCGAAAGUUCGCUUGUAAUUGAAUCUGUUGGACGUGUUGGUUCAACUGCUUGUUGGUAAUCCUAAAUAUGCCAAGUAUAAUUUUUCUGAACUGUUUUUUGGCUGCAGUGUUGCUCGUGGUUGUUUCGUCGGGACUCUCCGGUGCAAGGGCUGAAGCUUCGGGCGACCUAGAGCCCGUGAACGGUGGGGCCUUGUGUUCCGACGUGAGGCAAAUAUUAGCGAAAAAAGGUGUCUCCCGUCAGGUACCGGAUAGGGAAAUUAAAGGUGAUCAUCUGCAAAUAUGUCCGUCCAACAGAUCAUGUUGUACCCGAGAGAUGGAGGAAAGCUACAAAAUGGCUGCAAAAAUGGACUUCCGACUCAGGCUUCAGGGUAGCGGCUCUUAUUUAAAGAUGCUAAUCGCAACAAGCGCCAGCCAUUUCUUAGGAAAAUUUCAAUAUAUGGUGAAGCUUGCAGAAAACAAUACUCGUACCCUGUUUUCCCAGACUUACCAGAAGAUGGAGUCUGUGGCUCGCUUACCGACUGAGCAAUUGUUUCUUGAUCUUUUGUCUUACCUAAAAGGUAAGGACAUUAAUCUAGAGGCACACGUCGACUCCUUCUUCAGAUCCCUCUUUCCAGUCGUAUACAAUCACAUAAUCAACCCGGAUAUGAAGGAAGUCAGCGACGAUUACAAGCAAUGCUUAAGAGAAAAAACUUCAGAAAUUAAACCCUUUGGUGACAAAGCUAUGCUUAUUUCUCUUCAGAUUGUUCGUUCAUUUGAUGUUGCUCGUUCUCUUCUACAGGCCUUGAAUCUUGGUGUAGAAGUAAUUAACACCACCGAAUACAUGGACUUUGGUACAGAUUGCUAUAACGCUCUUGUGAGAUUAACGUAUUGUGCACACUGUCAGAGACUAAUUUUAGCUAAACCUUGUAGCGGGUUUUGUCUGAAUGUGGGCCAUGGAUGUUUAGCUCAAGUAGCCGAACUUGACAGACCAUGGAACAAGUAUGUGAGUGCGGUGUAUCGUGUGGCAACUGGAAUGGCCGAUUCCUCUAAUAUCGAAAAGGUGUUGAAUCUUCUAGAUACUAAGAUAUCGGAAACCAUUAUGCAUGCGAUGGAAGAUGGAUCGGAAAUAACGAAAAAGGUUAAAAACCUGUGCGGACAUCCAAAACGAUCGACAAGAUCAUCGUCAGAAGUUACGGACUCUGAACAAGAAACAAACGGAAGCAUAGUGACCUCGAGAACAGUGGUUUCCACAUGGCAUUCUCAACUUCAGAACUUUGUGAAGACACUGACGGAAAACAAAUGGUUUUAUACCAAACUAGCAGACAGUUUAUGUAGCAAUGAAACUUUCUCAGUAGAAGGAGAAGCCAACUGCUGGAAUGGGAAAGAAAUCGGAGAACUCUGACCUUGCCAGCUGGACACCGAGAAGGAUGUAAAAUAGAAAAUGAAAAAUACUGUUAAAAGUACUAAUUAUAUGUUAUCUUAUC